ACCCCUGGCUUCAGCAUGGACGUGAUGGACGGCUGCCCCUUCUCGCCCUCCGAGUACUUCUACGACGGCGCCUGCAUCCCGUCCCCCGAGGGCGACUUCGGAGACGAGCUGGAGGCCAGGGGGGCCGCCUUCGGGGCGCGCAGAGCGGCGCUGCCGGGCCCCGACGAGGACGAGCACGUGCGAGCCCCCACGGGCCACCACCAGGCGGGCCACUGCCUCCUGUGGGCCUGCAAGGCGUGCAAGAGGAAGUCCACGACCACGGACCGGCGGAAGGCGGCCACCAUGCGCGAGAGGAGACGCCUGAAGAAGGUCAACCAGGCCUUCGAGACGCUCAAGAGGUGCACCACGACCAACCCCAACCAGCGGCUGCCCAAGGUGGAGAUCCUCCGGAACGCCAUCCGCUACAUCGAGAGCCUGCAGGAGCUGCUGCGCGAGCAGGUGCAGACCUACUUGGGCCUGGCGGCGCCCAGCUGCUCCGAGCCCACCAGCCCCACGUCCAGCUGCUCCGACGGCCUGCCCGAAUGUAACAGCCCUGUCUGGUCCAGAAAGAGCAGCAGUUUUGACAGCAUCUACUGUCCUGAUGGGCCAAAUGUAUAUGCCACAGAUAAAAGCUCCUUAUCCAGCUUGGAUUGUUUAUCCAGCAUAGUGGAUCGAAUCACCAACUCCGAGCAACCUGGAUUGCCUCUCCAGGACCCGGCCUCCCUCUCCCCGGUUGCCAGCACGGAUUCCCAGCCUGCAACUCCGGGGGCCUCUGGUUCCAGGCUCAUCUAUCAUGUGCUAUGA